AUGGCGGACGUCAAGCCCAACAUCAAGCCGACGGUCACCGCUGAUGGCCACGAGGUCUUCGACAUCCCCGUCGAGGAAGAGGAGCUCGAGGUCGCCAACAGCAUGGGCCAGAGCAAAAUCUGGGCGAUGAAGGUGCCCCGAUUCCUGCUUGAGCGGUGGGAGCGCGUGAACGUCGGGGGUGUGCAUCUGGGCACGCUAACGCAGCCGCCGAAGAUUACACUGAAGCUCCCGAUCCAAGAGGAGGGGAGUGAGGAGCCGCCUAACAAGCGUGCGCGUCUGAACGUAGAGGGAAUCCCAGACGAGUACGAGGUCGUCAUGCCGAGCGAGCGUGCGAAGAACACCUACGUCUUCACCGAGCACGAGCGGACAUGGGUCGCGGCGCCCGGAGAGGAGUCGAGCUCAGCGAAGCGCAAACGCGAGAAGGUUGGUCGGCGCACUCGACCACGAGGGUUCUGUCCGCCCGAUCCAGAGCGCGAAGUACCUCAAGAUCCUUCAGCAGCGUCGUCUCGAGAGCGAGAACUCGAAACGGCCAAUCGUCCAGCUCGACGACAAGAACAUGUCCCAGGCCAAGCUCAAUCAGCUUGCCUCCGGUUUCUCCAACGCGUCGAGUACGCUCGGCAAGGGCAUGGUUCUGACAUGCAGCUCGGUGCCGCACGAGUCGCUCCCGGAGAGCGCUUCGCACGCCUGGAGCGCAACGAGCUCAUCGACCGACUGUUCGCGCUCUUCACGGAGAAGCCGUACUGGUCUAUCACCGCGCUCAAGCAGACGCUCAAGCAGCCGGAUGCGUGGCUGCGUGAGGUGCUCAAGGAUGUCGCGUCACUGAUCAAGGAGGGUCAGUACGCGAACAUGUGGGAGUUGAAGGAGAACUGGAAGGACGUGAAUGUCGGUGGUGCCGACUCCAAGGCCAAGCUCGAGAAGAUGGAGGCUGAAGAGGAGGAGGAAGAAGACGACGAUGAGGACGACUUUGAGGUCGUCGAUGUCUAG